GCCAGGAGUUCUCGGCAGGCGGCGGCUGACGUUGGACAACAAAGAUGGCGGCGGGGAGCAGCAACUACUGGGAAGAUCUCAGGAAGCAGGCGAGGCAGCUGGAGAACGAGCUGGACCUGAAGCUGGUCUCCUUCAGCAAGCUGUGCACCAGCAGCCGGGACGGGCGGCGCGACAGGUAUAGCUCUGACACCACUCCUCUCUUAAAUGGGUCGAGCCAGGACAGAAUGUUUGAGACCAUGGCUGUGGAGAUUGAACAGCUUCUGGGAAAGCUUACUGGAAUAAAUGACAAAAUGGCAGAAUAUACAAACAGUGCAGGAGUCCCAUCCCUGAAUGCUGCACUGAUGCACACAUUGCAGCGUCAUAGAGACAUCCUGCAGGAUUACACUCACGAAUUCCACAAAACCAAAGCGAAUUUCCUGGCAAUAAGAGAAAGGGAGAAUCUGCUGGGAUCAGUACGAAAAGAUAUUGAAUCCUAUAAAAGUGGGUCUGGCGUGAAUAACAGAAGAACAGAGCUGUUCCUGAAGGAACAUGAGCACCUUCGGAACUCAGAUCGGCUGAUAGAAGAAACAAUAAGCAUUGCCAUGGCAACGAAAGAAAAUAUGACUUCGCAGAGAGGGAUGUUGAAGUCAAUACAGAGCAAGAUGAAUACCUUGGCUAACCGGUUCCCAGCAGUGAACAGCCUGAUCCAGAGGAUCAACCUUCGGAAACGACGGGAUUCGUUCAUCUUGGGCAGCAUCAUUGGCAUCUGCACCAUCCUACUGCUGCUCUUUGCCUUCCAUUGAUGGAUGUUCCCCCGUGGACUCUGCUAAACUCAUCACCACCAUCCCUCCCCCAGCCAAGGAAAAGCGAGCGGGGGAAGAGAUGGACUUCCAUCAGCCUGCUCCCCCUGCCUGGGACCGUCAGCAUGAUGUCUAGAGUUGAUGAUGAUAGACUGCAACACUGGUUUGGGGUUGAAGCUGCAGUGUUUCUCCUUCCCUGCCAUACAUCUUCCUUUGGUUAAAUUUGUUGGGGGCGUUUUGUUUUGUUUUUAAGUUUUUCCUCCUUUAGCCCCUUUCUCAUUGCAAGGUAAGUAAAUACAGCCACUUAACAACAGCAGUAGAGCAGCUCCUGUGCCCAGUGGUGCUGGGAGGUGCAUUGCUGGCCAGCAGGUGGGAACUGCAGGAACCCUGCUUUGCCUGCAGGCACUUCUGGGCACCGUUGUCCUACCAGAAGAAUAUUGCAGCUUUAAGCCAUCAGGUUGCUUCACUACUAGAUACACGUUCUGUAAUUCUUUUUAACUCAUGGUUGAGGUAAUAGUUAUUUCUACAUCGUUUGUGCUGUGAAAACUGUGCUUCACACAAACUCCUCAAAGAAGACAAGGAUUGCUCCAUUCGCUUUUUUGCACAGAAAAUGAAUAAACUGCCCUCUGAGGAACAGUGAUAAGGUUUCUUGUGGCUUUAAAGGGACGGACAGGUCCUCUUCUGUAAAAAGGGAGCACAGUGCCCUCGCAGCUCCUUACCGUAGUGUUCAGUCAUCUGAAAAGUGACCAAACGUGAGUUCACCUAAGAGCAGCCUUUGGGUGUCAGUACUUGGAUUUUGGCUGACAUCAUGGAGGUCUUUAUAAAGACAACGACUGAGAAGUGUAUAUUGUAAUUUACAUAAAGUUAUUCUAAUAGCAUUAAUAUUUUUACACUGUAAGUAAGAUAUAAUCUACACUGUCAAUUGGAAGUGAAAAUGAUGAUGGUUCUACCUGAGGCAAAUGCAUCUGAGUGCAGAAGUUUUGGACACACCUCCUCCUGGUGAAGAGUUGAAUGUAAAAUAGCAAACCAAGUUUUAUUUACUGUUACCUGGGGAAGUUCUCCUCAUCCAGGCACACAAACCCUGGUGUUUUGCAUUGAUGACUGAUGGCAGGAAGGGCUUUGAUGUUGCAGAACCACAAACGAUGGUUUUUUUCUUUCUGCUCUUUCAACUGCUUUUUCUCCAUCCGUUGUGUGAUAACCCAGCGAAUCCCAGCUGAAGCACUGGAAUGCCUUAGGAGCUCCAUCAGCUCUCUGACAGCAUUCCUGAGAGAUUCCACGUGUGCCACGGAUGUCAGGUAGCCUCCAGGUUGUCCUCUAUGGAGCAAAGCCUCGUGGGGUAGUCGCAGUGCUGUAGUGCUUCUCUUGUGUCUGGCUGGGGUUGGGGUUUGUGCCUGCUGCCCCUGAAACGUUUAUAUGGGUUGGAAGGCUUGUUUGCAGGGUAAUGACUUUGUGCUAAAAGGUCUGCAAGGGCUUCUGAUCGGCCUUAGAAAGCAUUUGGAAUUAAUACAUGUAAAUAAAUUUGGUUGAUCUGGGAAUGUUCCUGGUUUGAUAUGAAGCGUUUAUUAAAGGGGUUUAUGAAAAA